AUGCUUCGUAAAAAGUGGAGUCAUUUUUCGCCCAUAAUGCCUGAAUCGCUUCAGGGCGAAUCGACAGCUGAACUUAUGGCAGAUCUUUCUCUCAGAGAAAGAGAAAAAAAUUUGAGUGCAGCUUACUUGAACGAACGGCAGUUUGUACUAGAAAAAUUUACCAGUUGGACGGAUCAAGAUCAGGUGGAUUUCGUGAAAACUCUUAUCCGCAGUAUGUGCCAUGAUCAACAUGGACAGAUAGAUGCAUAUUUGAAACCCAUUCUACAGCGAGACUUCAUCGCCUUCCUACCAGAUCGAUUAGCAAGGUAUGUUCUGUCAUUCCUUGAUGCUCGUUGGCUGAAUUCAAGUGAAAAAGUCAGUCACACAUGGCGACGAAUCAUAUCGCAUGGAAAACUCUGGCGCCGAUUGAUUGAGCGAAACGUUCAAACUGAUCCAGUCUGGAAAGGAGUCGUGGAUAAACGUGGAUGGCGAAACUUUUUGUUUGUUUCGAAGGAAAAAGCUCACACACUAAUAUUUCAAGAAUUGGGAUAUUCUCCGAACCUUAUCGAACAGCUCAGAAACACAGUUGAUUCGCUAGAAGCCCAGCAUCAUUUCUACAGAAAUUUGUAUCCCAAAAUAAAUCGAGAUAUUGAAUCGCUCAAAUCUAACUGGCAAAAUGGACGACAUGUACUAUCCCGCAUUACCUGUCAUUCAGAACCUAGUAGAGGUGUAUAUUGUCUGCAGUAUGACGACGAUAAAAUAAUAUCGGGACUCCGAGAUCAUACAAUCAAAAUCUGGCUGCGAAAGGAUUUACAGUGUUCGAAAACUUUACGUGGACAUACUGGUUCGGUACUUUGUCUGCAAUAUGAUGAUCGAGUCAUCAUUAGUGGAAGCAGCGACACUACAGUUAGAGUGUGGGAUGUACAUACUGGAGAACUAUUACAUACGCUGAUGCAUCACGUUGAGGCAGUUUUGCAUUUACGUUUUCAGAAUGGGAUGAUGGUUACCUGUUCGAAGGAUCGUUCAAUAGCAGUUUGGGGUAUGAUUUCUCCACGAGAAAUCAACGUGCGUCGUGUGCUUGUGGCUCAUCGCGCGGCUGUUAAUGUUGUAGAUUUUGACAGCAAAUAUAUCGUUUCAGCCUCAGGUGAUCGUACAAUUAAAGUUUGGAGCACGGAUACAUGUGAAUUUGUACGUACCAUGAUCGGUCAUAGGCGAGGCAUCGCAUGCUUACAGUAUCAUGAUCGACUAGUUGUGUCUGGUUCAAGUGACAACACUAUCAGGUUAUGGGAUAUUGAAAUAGGAGCUUGUCUAAGGGUUUUGGAAGGUCACGAACAACUUGUUCGUUGUAUUCGAUUCGACUCGAAACGUAUUGUUUCUGGUGCUUAUGAUGGAAGAAUCAAGGUUUGGGAUCUUCAAGCAGCAAUGAAUCCGCGUUCUCCACCAGAUAGUAUAUGCUUAUUAACAUUGGUGGAGCACACGGGUCGAGUGUUUCGUUUGCAAUUUGAUGAGUUUCAAAUAGUAUCUUCUUCUCACGAUGACACGAUACUUAUUUGGGACUUUCUUGAGCCAAAACCCGAAUCUCAUGCACUGGAUGGAACAUUUCAGCAGACUGCAGGAUCUGCUGCUGUACCAAGUGCCGAUAAUGUAGCACAAGCACCAGACAUUGGUGGAGCACCGCAGGUUGACCAGCAGAAUCUGGAAGAUUCUGAAAAUGAUGACGAUGUAGAUGAUGUGAUGCGACAACGACAAGUGCCAAUGGAAGUUGUUGAGCUUGCGGUCCUAAAUGAAAGGGAUAGAGAAGACAGUCCGUCAGAAAAUGAUGGCGAAUAUGAACGAAGGCGUCGUGACGCUGAUGCUAGGAAUUAAUUGUACGAAAUUCUCUCUAAUUUUAUGCUGAAUUGACAUAUGCCUGUAGUUUUUUAUGAAAUUCUGUUCCAGUCCUUGAAUCGUUAAAUUAUGAAUUAUUUGUUUUAGAAUUCAAUUACGAUGUGUUUAUAUCUUUCAUUACAUAGGACAUGAUGUGUGUGUAUGUGUGUUGUAUGCAUGUUUGUGUCCGCGUGUGUGUGUGUGUGUGUGUGUGUGUGUGUGUAUGUCAUCGACUUUCUUAGUACUCCAAACAUUGC